AUCACAUCAAAAUGGCUAAGUUCAUUAAAUCAGGAAAAGUUGGUAUGUAUAAUCAUUGGAACAGUAACGAAGGACAAUGAAGAGGACGGUAUAUCAAGAGACUGCUUAAAGAAAGUUCGAACUGCUUUCCAGUUCAUGAAAAAGUCAAAGAGAUGAAAAAUCUUGAAGAGAUUUCAAUGCCAUCCAUAAAGUAAUGAGGAAAGAUGUGCCAAAGACAGCCAAGCAACCAGACUUCAUGUAGCAUAGUUCUACAAUGAACGAAUUGGAAAUUACUAUUGAGGGGUCCAAAUAACGUCGUCCUCUUUGUCCAUGGUAUAUUGGCUUGAACGUAUACUAACAAGUUUAGCUAUUGUCGUCCGUGGUCGUUUCGCCGGUAAGAAGGUCGUCAUCGUCAAACCUCAUGACGAAGGUACCAAGUCUCACCCAUUCCCACAUGCCAUCGUUGUUGGUGUCGAAAGAAACCCAUUGAAGGUCACCAAGAACCACAGUGCCAAGAAGGUUGCUAAGAGAACCAAGGUUAAGCCAUUCGUUAAAUUAGUCAACUACAACCACUUAAUGCCAACCAGAUACUCCUUGGACGUCGAAUCUUUCAAGUCCGCUGUCACCACCGAAGCUUUGGAAGAACCAUCUCAAAGAGAAGAAGCCAAGAAGGUUGUCAAGAAGGCUUUGGAAGAAAAGCACCAAGCUGGUAAGAACAAGUGGUUCUUCCAAAAACUCCACUUCUAAACGUUGUUUAAUCUUUUCUGCAUGGGUAAUAAACAAUUUACGAUAACUUGGAACCGUGGAGGUUCUAACCUUGUAUACUCCUUGUAAUAAACAUCUGCCAGUGUCUGGCUAGUA